ACUGAGGGCAGGAAAACAUUGACUGUACUCCAGCCAAAAGGGUUUUGUUUGGGUCUGGUUUGGACCGAGUCUGUAGAGGAGACCGGGCUGAAAUGACACUGUUCUCGCUCUAAACACGACCUAACAGUUGGACAUAUAAGGAAAUCUCCUAGUUGCCUCAGUUCCUGUUGUCAGCACCACCAUGUCGUGCCGGGACAUCCACGCCACCAACGCUUUUGCCUUCAUCGUUGCCUUUGUGUCUUUGGGAGGGAUUGCUGUGGCAGCAAUAAUCCCUCAGUGGCGUAUAACGAGACUCGUCACUUUCAAUCGUAAUGCCAAGAAUAUCAGCGUGUAUGAUGGGCUGUGGGCUAAAUGUGUAAAACAGGACGGCUAUUCAGGAUGUUACUACUAUGAUUCAGAGUGGUACUCUAAAGUGGACCAGCUGGAUCUGCGGCUUCUGCAGUUCUGCCUGCCCACAGGCCUGCUGUUCGGCUCUCUAGCCUUGCUGCUGUGCAUGGCAGGAAUGUGUAAGACCUGCUGCUGCUCAGACAAGCCUGAACCGGACAUUAAGACCAUCAGAUUUCUGGUCAACAAUGCAGGCUGUCACCUGGUGGCAGCGGUGUUCUUGUUCCUAGGCGGAGCUAUCGCCAUCGCACCCUCAGUGUGGUUCCUGUUCCGCACCAAGGAAAUGAACAUCAGAUAUGACAAAAUUUUCUCCGAUGGCUUUGCUGUGUAUGUAUCUAUAGGCUGCUCGGGAGGACUUAUGCUGGCCGCCCUGCUGAUGUUCAUGUGGUACUGUAUGUGUAAGAAGUUGCCUUCGCCCUUCUGGUUGCCCCUGCCCUCCAUGCCUACCUCUCUCUCCUCCCAGCCUCUCACUGCCAACGGAUAUCCUCCUUCCCCAGUUUAUGGUCCUCAGCCCUUCCCACCACAGACCUACCCUCCCACAGUGAUCGACGCCCAGCCGUAUGUGACCUCCCAGGGCUACGCGCAAAGUUUGGUUGCCCCUGCACCAGCACAGGUGUACAUGUCUCAGAUUUCUGCUCCAGAUGGGUAUGGUUCAGAGGUGGGAGGGAACCAGGCCUACAGCUACGCUCCCUCACAGAGUUAUGCUCCCUCACAGAGUUAUGCUCCUUCGCAGAGCUACGCUCCAUCUCAGGGCUACGCAUCCACCUACGCGGGCCACCGCUACUCCUCCCGCUCACGGAUGUCUGCCAUAGAGAUCGACAUUCCCGUGCUGACACAGGGACAGUAAGAUAAAAAGCUGCUGAUAACGUCAACACAUUCAAGGCGUCUGUCCAUAAAUGUCCAUGAAGUUCACCACUGAUGAAACUAAUAGAGUAUAAUUGAUGUAAGUUAAUAAUGUGAGAGCUAUUUAUAGCCCCUAGAGUGAUUCAGUCAGUAAGUAUAGGUCUGUAAAUUGCUGAUUAUAGAUGAAAGAAGAAGCCCAGACAAAAGAACCCUGGGUUUAUGAAGGAUGUUAUUUUUUUUGAGCACACAUUGAGCACUAUUAUCACUGGUGCAAAUAACACUGUAUUUAGCUUAGUAUUGUAGAAAGGGAAGAAAAUAUUUCCUGCCAUACCUGAAAGAUAUCUCAACCAACUAGCCUUUUUUAACUUUUUUACCAGCAGAGAAGGAUCACAAACAAUAGCUCCUAACUUGGUAAAGUUGCCAAAGGACCAAUGUACUAGUUACAAGGAAGUUGUUACUAGCAUUUUGUAUGUGGUUGAAUAUAAAGUCCCACUCUGGAUUUUAGAUUAAAGAAGCCCUGAUGAUGGCUGCCAAAAAGCUAGUUAAAGCUAGUCAGUUAUUAUUCUGUUACAUUUGUUUAUGUUGGACACAUAUUCAUACUCAAAUUACUUGUCACUUCUGUCUGUUUAAAGCUUUCACUAUUGAAGUCUAAUGUUAUAACUACUGUGCAUUACUUUAAAUUCUAUUGUUCUAAAUGGACAAAUACUAACUGACUCACCUGUUGAUAUCUUUUGUGUUUAUGUAACAUGAAUUGUUAAUGUCACAUUGCCCCUGUGAGGAGUAGCUGUUGAAGUUUUUAAUGCACUAAUUGUGUGAAUACUGUGCCAGUUUACAUUGCCUUUGUUCACUGACUUUGUUUUAGCCUCAAGUAUUUUCUAACAUAUUACUUAAUCAUUUAUGCAACAUACUUUUCCGAAGGGUUAAUGUCUAAAAAAUAGUAGUAUGAAAUUUGCAGAUUUUGAUCACUGUGUGUAAUUACAUUUAAAUUAUGAACAGUAAUGUAAAAAAAAAAAAAAAGAAAACACUAACAGGAAUGAGAGUGCUGUUCAUCUGCAUUCAACAUGUCCACUGGAAGUGUAAUAUUGUUCUGUGGUUGUAGCCGUUUUUUUACCUUACAGUUUAAGACUUGCCUUUUGCAUAAUGAGCACUGAUCAACAAUUCUUCAAAGUCUAAUGCGUUCAUCAUACUCAACAAUGUUGAAGUCACAUGUUUUUCUACACUGUCAUCUUUUUUGUUUAUAUUAAAACAUAA